AUGACGUCGCCAUUGUCAUCGUCGUCGUCGUGUGUCGGCGCGUUGAAGAUACUGUGGUUGUUGCUGACCUUGGCAAACCUUCUCGACGCUUGGCCGGUGGUCAGGAAGGUCAGCAAGGUCCCGGCCGGAUUUCGAUACUCUGAUGAUCUGAAGACGGACGCCACGCAUCACGGAGACGACAAACACCGGGAGGAGGGCGCCGGUACGAAACACGACGAGGACCAUUACGACUCGCACGGCCGCGAGAGCGACAAGGGUUACAAAGCGUUCCACGAGUCCGAGAAGAGCGGCAAAGGCCACCACGAUAAGGAGCAGCACGUGCGCGAGUACGACGUGGAGAACGGCACGACGAAGAAGAAGCACGAUGAGGGUGGACAUUACGGCGAGGAGCACCACGGCGAGGAAGGCUUGAAGAACGCCAAAUUCGGCGAGGAGGGCAAGCAUCAGAAGGGUUACAGCACGAAGGGGGAGCACAGCGUGUUCAAGAAGGAUGAGUACGAGAAGAAGCACGAUUUUUACGACGAGUAUCACGAAGACGGGGGACACGAGAAGCAGGGUGGUUGGCACGAGGAGCACGAGGGCAAGAAGGGCGGUCACGAGAAGACGGGCAAACUGCAGGCCGACCACCACGAGGACCAUCACGGCUCGGGGAAGAAAUACGACGAGGGUCAUCGUCAUGACGAGAAGGAGGGUCACAAAGUGGCCGAAGGGCAGAGCAGUUAUCACGAGCACGACGAGAAAUACGGUCAGAAAGGCGGUCACGCCUCGGGACAAAAGUGGUCGAAAUCAAAUCGCCGUUGACGAGACGCGACGAAACUUACCUGCGUUACUCGCGUAAUCGUCGAGUCUCGCUUGGUUUUAUCUUGCUGGGAAUUUCGCGGAUCAGUCUGUGGCGGGGCGGGUGUUCGCGAUGACGAGUCGAACGGAGAGAGCUCGUGUCGGACGUGCUGGUUUCGAUUCACGGUUACGGCGACGAUUACGAUUUUAUUCUCGUCGUCGCGACACCUCCGCGCAAGCUCGUCGCAAAAUUUUCAUCUGCAACGUUAUCUCUAACGAAUGGAUUUGCGUCGCGAUAGCUCUUAUUUAAGAUACUAAGGCGAUGUAACUUUAAUACUUAAUAUUUAAUUACGCUUAAUACACUUUAG